CUUCCUCACAUGACAAUGACGUCAUUUUAAAAACAAGAACUCAGGACAAGAACUAGACUAAGAAAAAAGUUUGUUUUUAUCAGAUUUGCUAAACAAGGCAUCAUGCCUUUGUUAUUUUCUGUGGUAGCGCGAGGCAGCACAGUCCUUGUGAAACAUGCAAAUUGUGCGGGAAACUUCACGGAGGUCACUGAUCAAAUUCUCUCAAAAAUAUCACCAGAAAAUGCCAAGUUGACGUAUUCCCAUGGAAGCUAUUUGUUCCACUAUAUUACAGAAGACAGGAUUAUUUAUCUCUGCAUCUCAGAUGAUGAUUUUGAAAGAUCUAGAGCAUUCCUUUACCUGAAUGACAUUAAAAGAAAGUUUUCAAUGCAGUAUGGUGCAAGAGCACAAACAGCCCUCCCGUUCUCAAUGGACAGUGACUUCUCUAGGGUAUUAGCCUCACAGAUGCGCCACUAUUCUGAGUCCAAAGAUGUGGACAAAGUUGCCAAAGUGUCUGGAGAGGUAGAAGAAUUGAAAGGAAUUAUGGUGAGAAAUAUAGACAACCUUGCCACCAGAGGUGAAAAACUUGAGUUAUUAGUUGACAAAACAGAAGAUCUAAGUUCAAAUGCAGUUUCAUUCAAGAAAACCAGUAGAAACUUGGCCAGGUCUAUGUGGUGGAAGAACUUUAAAAUUACGCUCAUUAUAUUUGUUGUUGUUGUGGUCAUAUUAUACUUUAUUGUAUCAGCAGCAUGUGGAGGACUUAAUUGGAAACCUAAGUGCGUAAAACCAUAGGAACCAUAAAAACCAAUAUUUUAACAUUAUGUAUAUGUCAAAUUAGACGCUGCGGUGCCAAGGGGCUGAUAAUGAAGCACUGUUAUUAUCAUUUUUAACAUUUUGUUAUUGUUAUUAUUAUGUCUCCUCCAGAAGUG